UCCUAGGAUCCCAUUGAAGGAAGUUUACCUCUUCCAGAAAAACCAGCUCCUGUGAUACCUAGUUUUCCUAGUUUGUUCAAGUAAAUCAUGAAUCAGCAACUUGUCUUGGCUCUUAUAGGCAUAACAGUAAUUCUGUUCCUUGUCAUAAUGAAUUUGCUCUUUGUUUACUUUAUAAUCGACAAUCCUUACCUAACCACCCGAUCAACAACAACUUCAACUACGACCGAAGCACCCACUACGAUGGAAAUCACUGAUUAUAUAGAGCCUGAAACAGAGGCGAUUGACCUCGAACCUGUCGAGGGUGGUCCCGAGGAUGCACCCCCAGCGGAGGGCUAAAAAUCAUUUUUUCAGACACAUAACCCCCGGUUCGGCGUUGCUUGGUCUUUCUUUGUCAAAUUCAGAUCAGUGUCGCGCGGCGCACAGCGGUGUCAACUUGUAGUGUGCAGCGCAAAUUCAUAGUGUCAGAUCAUCACCAUCAUCGUGGCCAGUGUGUAAGCCCAGACCAAGACCAACGCCGACCGAGCCUUGCCCGGGAUCUACACAGGAGCUCAUUUGGAUACCACCUUUACCGUUUACCGUUACCGUUAUCGUUUGCCGUUUGCCUUUGCCGAUACCGAACCGAUAACCAAGCGAUCCCCGCCCAUCGAUCCUUCCAUUCAAACCGUUUACCCGUUGAACUGAGGAAGCGCCAGCAGCUGCCAAAGCGCGGAAGAAUGCCGACCAUAACCGAGGAUUGCAUAGAUGGCUUCCAACAGUAUUACUCGCGGCCCCCGGAGAGGCCCAAGAAGAAGUCCCUGAAGCAGAUGGUCUACGACUCCGAGGACAACUCCUACUUCGGACGCUCGAUGGAUAGCUGGGCCAAAAUCGGAAUCUUCUAUGUGGCCUUCUACGGAGUCCUCGCCGCCCUGGUGGCCAUCUGCAUGUGGGCCUUCUUCCAAACCCUCGAUCCUCGCAUUCCGAAGUGGACCCUAGACCGCUCCCUGAUUGGCACAAAUCCAGGUUUGGGUUUUCGCCCCCUGCCCCCUGUUGACAAUGUGGAAAGCACUUUGAUCUGGUACAAGGGGACUCAGCACGAGAACUACAAACACUGGACAGACUCCCUGGAUGAUUUCCUUGCGGUUUACAAAGUACCUGGAUUAACUCCCGGUCGUGGUCAGAACAUUUACAACUGCGACUACAACCAGCCGCCGCCGAAGGGUCAGGUGUGCGAUGUGGACAUAAAGUCCUGGUCGCCCUGUACCAAGGAGAACAACUACAGUUACCACAAGAGUGCGCCGUGCAUUUUCCUCAAGCUGAACAAGAUCUACGGCUGGAUACCCGAGUACUACAACGAUUCGCGGGACUUGCCCGAAUCCAUGCCCCUGAGCUUGAAGACCUACAUCGGUGAGGUCCAGAAGACACAGCCAGAAAAGCUAAACACCAUUUGGGUUUCGUGCGAGGGCGAGAAUCCAGCCGAUCAGGAGAACAUUGGAGCUGUCAAUUACCUGCCAAUCAGGGGAUUCCCCGGUUACUUUUACCCCUACCAGAACUCCGAGGGCUACUUGAGUCCCUUGGUGGCCGUGCACUUCCAGCGCCCCAAACGUGGCAUCAUCAUCAACGUCGAGUGCAAGGCUUGGGCUCGCAACAUUAUACACGAUCGCAAGGAGCGGAUCGGAUCGGUGCACUAUGAGCUCCUCAUCGAUUAAUAUGUAUCACACUAUUACCUAUAACAUAAUGUAAACCAGAAUCUCCGAUGAGCAAGAAUCUCGGUACCAGAGGGGUAAGGACGUCGUUCAAAAUCGUCUAAGACAAUCCUACCAGAGGCAAACCACCACAUGUUGUAGUAAAAAUUGUGAAAGGUUCAGAUUUCCGAAUGUAAUUUAAAUUCAAAAUCGUUUUAAUGUAUUAUUUCUUCAAGUUAUUAAACAUAAAAAAAAGUAUAA